AUGUCGACCCAAUCUCCCCACCCACCCACACCCAAGGGCCCUCGUAACAACAACUACAACUACAACCACAACAACAAUAACAAUCGUCGCCCAAACAAGAAGAACGGUACUCCACUUACACAGAAGGCGGUUCUUUUGAACACCCCUCCAUCUUCUCCGCCGCAUCAUAUGAGCCCAGGUGGUGUCGCCACAGAUUCCUCAAUUGUCAAUAACGUUCAUUCCAAGAAAAAGCCCCCACGUUCGGGAAAGAAACCCAGGGACAACAUGAAUCGAGCCUCGCCCGCGCCUAAUGGCCAAAAUCAGAAUGGUCAUCGGCACACCUCCUCGCACUCAAAUCUUACCCCGCAACAACAGCAACCAAAGGAUAGCGCCUAUGCAGGGCCUACCUUCCAUGCUUCUCCUGCGCCGUCUGCUUUGCCGAUUCCAAGUUUCUUUUCCAAGUCAUUACCCGAAUCUGAUCUUGCACCUACCCUGGAGACUGAUAGUGAUACCGCCGAUAUGGCCGAUAUGGACGGUGAUCUUGAAGUAACUCCCUCCAAGCCCCGGGCUCGUUUCCCGCAGCCUGAGGUGAAUGAGCCAAAGGGUACCCCUCUUGAUUUCCUGUUCAAGGCUGCUGUGCAGGCGCGCCAGUCAAAUCCCAUGACCAGUCCGGAGACCACCAGUCGCAUGCGCUCGCCUCAGACCGACUCAAAGUACCUUCACUCAAACUCAUCUGGAGGCAUGUUCGCAUUCGAGAUGGACCCUUCGGAGCAGGCGCGCGCAUCGCCCAUUGGCCCUUCGUUUGCUCCUUCUUAUCAGGAUCGCAUGAACGCCUUGCGCUCUUCGAGCACUCAAUCCCUGGAUGCCGACGCACAGCGACGUUUGAAGACUCAGGAACUGAAACAUAUGCUUCUUAAUCCGCGCCCCCAGAAGCCGUCAGUGUUCCCCGCCCAGGAACCUCAAUACACUGUCAAUCCUCUCAACCCUGCCAACCACGUGAACGGCCAUCACAGUAAUGGAAAUUUCCCGCACUAUGCGACUCCCACUCGGGCUAAUUCCGGUCCUCCUGCUCCGGUUUCUUGGGCACAGGGACAUUCACAGGGACAUUCACCGGUACCUCUCCAGCAGAUGCCCAAUAAUGCCGGUCGUACUUCGUACCCUUACGCGAAUGGUCAUUCUCAUGUGCGCAACUCGGAGUCUCCACUGCGGCGAGAGGUUCCGGUUCACUACAAUGUGCCUUCUUCAGGACCCUAUGGCAAUCCUAAUCCUUACAUGAGGGGUGGUCCGGUUCAAACUGCUGUUCCUCCGACCCACUAUGUUUCUCCUCAGCCGCAAUACGCAACUGCAGCUUUCAAGAUGCCGACCAGUUCUCCCUCACCUUCUAAGUCCGUUGAUACUAAGAAGAUGGAGGAUGAUCUUCGACGUAUCUUGAAGUUGGAUGCAGCACCGGGUAUUCAGAGCUCCUUUGCCUGA